AUGAAUGCACCGAGCUCUUUCAAAGUGCUAGGGACGGUUGCGCGGCAAACCGCUUCUCAUCUAUCUCUUCGAUCACAAUCAAAUCUGACUGCUUCGCGCACGUUUUCACAUCUGAGCUCAAGGUUAUCGAGCACGGCUUCACCACCACGAGGAUGGACGCCUACGCCAUUUGUGACGGAGACGGUAGGCGGAGGAUGGCAUACGUAUGACAUAUUCUCUCGAUUACUCAAAGAACGCAUUAUCUGCCUCAAUGGAGAGGUUGACGAAACCACAUCUGCCUCUAUCGUUGCCCAGCUUCUCUUUCUCGAAGCAGACAAUCCAGAAAAGCCUAUCCACCUCUACAUAAAUUCACCAGGCGGCUCUGUUACUGCCGGACUUGCAAUCUAUGAUACGAUGACUUAUAUUCAAUCACCCGUGAACACAAUCUGCGUCGGCCAAGCGGCCAGUAUGGGAUCUCUGCUGUUGUGUGGUGGCCACGCUGGCAAGAGGUACUGUUUACCGCACUCAUCAAUCAUGAUUCAUCAGCCAUCAGGUGGAUACUUUGGACAGGCGAGCGACAUCGCAAUUCAUGCCAAGGAGAUACUUCGGGUUAGGACACAGUUGAAUCAGAUAUACCAGAGGCACUUGACUGGCAAGAAGGUACUGUCGCUGGACGAAAUCGAGAAAUUAAUGGAAAGAGAUUAUUUUAUGGGCGCCCAGGAAGCUCUAGAAAUGGGCAUUGUGGACGAGAUACUGGAUCGGAGGGUGAAACCAGAGGCUGAACCGCCAAGUGCAGCAGCUUGA